UGGGUUGAAACAGGAAAAAUACAUUAUAAUCAAUGUAUAAUUAAUUUAAAAAACAUAUGUUAAAAAAAGCUUAUAAUUAAAGAUAGUAAACUAUGUUCAACAUCAUAAACAAAUUAGCAAGCUAGCAAUGCAAGAAAGAAAAGAAAACAAAUUAAACAAGCUAGCAAUGCAGAAAAGAAAAAAGAAAUUAGAAACACAUGUCCUGACGGCUGAGGAUGAACCCACAACCUGGACGGACAGCUAGCAACGCAGAAAACAAAAUUUAAAUGCUUGCCUAUGUUGAGGGUCGAACUCAAUCGGAGUCUGGAUGAAUUGAUAGAAUAAAUUUGGACCGUUGGAUUUUUAAUAAUUUUAAGCAAUAAAAAAAAGAGAAAAAUAGAGACGAACCAUCCAGCGUCUUUUUUCCACGUUAUUCCUAGUCCGAGGACGACCAAACGACGCGCGAGCGGCUGCAGGCCUGCAGAGGCCGGGUCGGCCCAUGUCACGGAACGGAGACGACGUGCGUGGGCCGCGCGCUCUGCGUUGCCGCGUUCUACUCUGCUGCCACACCCCUGCACUUGGGCCGCGCGCUCCAGGCUGGCUAUGGGCCGUGACGGACGAAACAAUUGACAGAAUCGAUACUUCUUUUUAUAAGAGUAUAGAUAUAGAUACAGAUAUAGCUAUGAUGUUAGGAAGUCUUACAUUAUGAAACGGAAGGAUUACAUAUAAUUUACAUGUACGUAUAGAUAUAUUAGUAUUUAUAUAAAUUGAGUCAAAAUUACAGAGAAAAACCGAAAAGAGAGUACCUAAUUUUUUUCACCACUAUUUAGACCUAUGCAUUAUGAUACCCCUAGUACGUAUAAGUAUCAAUUUGGACAAGGAAAGCGUGUCUCAACUCAUCUUCCUCCCCAGCGGACCGGCAUUCCCGCGUUUUCUGCGCUCUCUAAAAACUAGCCUAUGCUACUUGAUCGCCACGGAGCACAACAGAAUCCACCUCAUCAGCCUCAGCUAAUUAAGUGCGAGCCUCACGUGCCCAUUUAUUCUACAGAUUUUUAGUGUCUUGUCAAUCCCCACACCACACAGUUCCAUCGAUCAAUCGAUCUCAACUACCCAUAAGUCAAUAUUAAUUUAAUACACUAGAAGUUGUAUGGAGUACUCCAUAUGCAAGCAGAAGCAGAAGCAGAAGCAGUAGACAUUGGAGUAGUAUUUAAGAAAGAGGGCGGAAUAGUUAUUGGAGUGAGUACAUAGAUCCAUCCAUCCGUCCGUCCGGGCAAGAAGAGCAGAGAAAGAGAUAUAUUCUCGGCUGGUGAUCGAUUUGAUCGAUGGAUGAGGAGGAGGGACGGCAACGGCAGCAGGUGGCGGCGCCGCUGCUGGAGAAGACGACCACCACCGGCGAAGGGUACUGCAUUGAGGGGUGCCCGGGGUGCGCCGUCGAGCGGCGGAAGGCCCUGAGCGCCGGCAUCCCCUACGGGAGUUUCCUCUUCGUCUGGAUCGUCACGCUCUGCACAGCUUUACCGAUAUCAUCAUUGUUCCCUUUCUUGUACUUCAUGAUAAGAGACUUGCAUGUUGCAAAAAGAACAGAAGACAUUGGGUUCUAUGCUGGCUUUGUGGGUGCUUCUUUUAUGUUUGGCCGAUGUUUGACUUCAACUGCUUGGGGGAUCGCAGCAGAUCGUAUUGGGAGGAAACCAGUUGUUGUGUUUGGCAUUUUUGCCGUGGUCAUCUUUAAUACUUUAUUUGGGCUUAGUGUCACCUAUUCGAUGGCAAUAGCUACGAGAUUUCUUCUUGGUGCUUUAAAUGGUUUGCUUGGGCCAAUAAAGGCUUAUGCUAUUGAAGUUUGCCGACCUGAACAUGAAGCUCUUGCUUUGUCACUUGUUAGCACAGCAUGGGGAAUAGGUCUCAUCAUUGGCCCAGCUCUUGGAGGCUACCUUUCACAGCCUGCAGAGAAUUUUCCAAAUGUCUUUUCACCUGACUCACUCUUUGCAAGGUUCCCAUAUUUCUUACCAUGCUUAUGCAUAUCAGUCUUUGCUGCUGUUGUUCUCGUAGGCUGCAUAUGGAUGCCGGAGACAUUACACAAGCAUAAAGCUGAUGUAAAUAGAUAUGAAACCGUUGAAUCUUUGGAGAGCGAUUUUAUUGAUCUGAAAGGAAAGGCUGAGCAAAAUGGUACAUUGAACAGCAAGAAGAGCUUAUUGAGUAAUUGGCCAUUGAUGUCAUCCAUAAUUCUCUACUGUGUCUUUUCCUUUCACGAUAUGGCUUAUACAGAGAUAUUCUCUCUAUGGGCAGAAAGUGACAGGAAGUACGGUGGGCUGAGUUUAUCAUCUGAGGAUGUGGGUCAAGUGCUUGCAAUCACGGGUGCCAGUCUUCUUGUGUAUCAACUCUUCAUUUAUCCUCGCAUUAAUAAGGUUCUAGGACAUAUUAAGGCUUCUCGAAUUGCAGCUAUUGCGUGCAUACCUAUUCUAUUCGCAUACCCAUAUAUGACAUACCUAUCAGGACCUGGAGUAUCAAUCGUACUGAACAUUGCAUCAGUUAUAAAAAAUAAUCUUUCUGUUACCAUCAUUACAGGAUGUUUCAUCCUACAAAAUAAUGCUGUGCCUCAAGACCAACGAGGGGCUGCCAAUGGCUUGGCAAUGACAGGAAUGUCCCUUUUCAAGGCAGUGGCUCCAGCAGGGGCAGGCAUUGUGUUUUCGUGGGCACAAAAACGCCAGGACGCCUCCUUCCUUCCUGGUGAUCAGAUGGUGUUCUUUCUUCUGAACGUCUUCGAGAUCCUGGGACUUAUCCUCACUUUCAAACCCUUUCUGGCCUUUCCAGAACAGCAAGAUACAAAUUAG